AGCACAGACUGCACAGAGCCAGUCGCUGAGGUGAGUCCGACCGUGUUGACCCAGCGCCAUCGCCGGAUCCACACUUUCCACAAUUGGACUCAUUAGUUCCUGGAAGCUGCGUAGUGUUAGAAUGUGCCUUGUCUAGUUUUUAUUAUUUUGUAAAUAAUAAUUGCUUAUAAGAAACACCCGCAAGGAAACUUAAUCCGCGUGUCUGCCAUCACGUCUGUGACUGUACCAGAGGGCGCGUGAGAAGCUCAGUAUGUCCCACAACGCGACGGAGACGCUUGCACCGCCGGCGAACCUCAGCGGUUCCCACAGCAACAGCAGCUGCGCCGUCGAGGACGGCUUCCUGACGCGGGUUCUGCCCGCCUGCUACUCCGUCAUCUUCGUCCUGGGGCUGCUCGGCAACGCCGUGGCGACGGCCGUCUUCUUCCUCCGCUCCCGCUCCCGCUCCUCCAUCUCCGUCUACAUGCGGCACAUGGCGGCCGCCGACCUGCUGCUGGUGCUCUGCCUGCCCCUGCGCAUCUACUACCACCACCGGCGCGGCCCCUUCCUCGUCUGCAGGCUGGUGGGCACCUUCUUCUACGUCAACAUGUACGCCAGCAUCCUCUUCCUCAGCCUGAUCAGCCUGGACCGCUACCUGAAGAUCAUGAAGCCCGUUUGGGUGUUCCGGGUGCAGAAGGUGGAGUGGAGCCGCAAGGUGUCCUACGCCGUGUGGGCGCUGCUGGUCUGCGGGACCCUCCCCUUCCUGCUGGGGGGCAGGCCCGAGGGCCCCUGCGAGGAGAUCUGCUUCCACUUCCACCGGAAGAGCACCUCCGGGGCGGUGAUCAACCUGGUCACGGUGGCGCUGUUCUACGUGCUGGCCCUGGGCUUCCUGGGCUCCUACGGGCAGAUCAGCGUGAAGCUCUGGUCCAUUUCGCUGGGCAACGACGAGCAGGCCCGGCGCAAGAAGAGGCGGGUCAUCGUGAAGACGUUCGUGGUGCCGGUCAUCUUCACCGUCUGCUUCAUGCCCUACCACGCCAUCCGCGUGCCCUAUGUGCUCGCCCAGUUGGGCGUGCGCUCCCAGGAGGACAUGCUCUCCCAGGUAGACGCCAAGCAGACGCUGCACCUCCUGAACGAGCUGGCCCUCUGUCUCUCGGCCCUCAACAGCUGCCUGGACCCCCUCAUCUACUUUUUCCUGUCCAGCACCUUCCGGAAGACCAUCAUCUGCGUCGUCCAGGGCAAGUUCAAGAAGAUGUACGCCAUGAACCGGAGGCGAAGCAGCGUGGUGAAGUCCGUCACGGAAAUGUGAGCGGGCCGCUCCGAGGGCGUCUCCCGGGCUUCGGCUCCGCAAAAAGCCCAAAGAUGGCCGACCCUGUUUCCUGGAGCUCUACCACCCUGUAGGUUUCCUCUUCAACCUUCAUUUGACAGCUGAUUCUGCUAAUUAGCAGCUCAACAAGAUCUCAAGCUGUCGAGUGAGGUGCGCUUUCUUAGGUUUGGAGUGAAACCAUAAAAGCAGGAUGGUAGAUCACAGGAACUGUGCUGUACAAUAUUCCAUGUACUGUAAAGUUUUAUAAAUGUUAUAUAUUUGUAUAUAAUUUUGAAAACAUAUUUUGUAAAAUAUUUUGUUAGUCUAAAAUCAUUUGAAGCGUGUUUGUAUGAAUCACAUUUUUACCUGGCUUUGCUAAAAGAGAUUCACCUCGAGAGAACAUGGUUGUUGUUUUUUUUUGUGUGUGAGCAUGUUACUCACUUUCUAUGACAAAAGACAAAACAUCAUCAUCAUGUUUUUCACCAGUGAAAAACUUUGACCUUUGGAAAGUAUGUGGUGUGAAGGAUUCCCCAAAAGAGUGUGUGUGAGUGUGUCACCUUUAACCAUCUCGACCGUCAGCCUCGCGCGCGGGAAGGUGGGCCCACCAGAACUGCCACAAAAGCAAGACCUUCGAUAUCAUGACGCCACGAAACAUCGCCUACAAAAUAGCAUUUGGGACCCAUGCUUGGGGAACCCACUCAACAUUCAUUUGCACAGUGUUUUCUUGUAUUUUUCAUACUGUUGAGCUCUGCACUUUUACUUAAAGAUGCUUUCCGUUUUAGGCCAUGGCACGAAGCAGCUAAAGAAAUUCUAGUGUUUUAAAUAUCCUGUUAACUGAUUUAGAUUUAAUUUGUAUUUAUUUAAAUCAUGGUCAACCCUUGUAUCGUCUAAUGUACAGUAUUUGUGAGCUAUAAUUUGAUGGCUAAAAUGGAAAAAAAAAGAAGCACAAAUGUAAUAAAACAUUAAUGCCAC